AUGAGACCUGAUUUAUUUAAGGCUACUAUAGCUGGAGUACCAUUUGUAGAUGUUGUGACUACAAUGCUUGGUCCAACUAUUCCUCUUACAACUGCAGAAUGGGAGGAAUGGGGUGAUCCUCGGAAAGAAGAGUUCUACUUUUACAUGAAAUCAUAUUCACCAGUUGAUAAUAUGGUGAGGGGUUCACUAUGGUCACAAAAAAAAGCUGGAAAUGCAGGGACUGCUACUGUGAAGGGGUACAGUACAGGUGAUAUUCAUCCCAAUGUUUCUGGAAGCAAAGGUGGUAAUUGGAAUGGAGGGAAUAACAAAAGAGGAAGCUAUAAUAGUGUUAAUAAGGAUAAGCAGGGGCAUUCUUCUACUGAUUCUAUGGAAAAGAUAUCAGCAGAAUCCUGUCCUACUUCUGAUCUGUUCGUCAAUAAUUCUGACAGUGGUCAAACUGAGGCUAUAGAAUCUAAGUGUGAUACGAGGGUGAAUUCCAAUCUUGGGAACCAUGAUUCUUUAAAUCCUAUGAAUGACAUCCUUGAUACCAUAGAAGUCAAGAAACAAGGGAGAAAAGAGAGAAGGCACAAGGAAGCCCAGGAUGUGCUUGCAGCUGCAACUACUGCUGCUGCAGCUUCUUCCAGGCUUUCAUCUUUCAGGAAAGAUACACUUGAAGAAUCCGCUCACCAUGAGGUGUUGAAAGUUCGUGCACACAGUGAAUCUUGUAGAGCUGUUAGAUUUAUCAAUGAAGGACUUGUGAUCCUCACUGGUUCUCCAUAUUGUUCUAUUCUUGCAAUUGAUAUUGAAACAGGAUCUCCAGUUAGUUAUGGAUGGAUGUUCAUACAAUUAGGUAUUAUAUUCAAUAUUCAUACAGUUAGUUAUGGAUGGAUGUUCCAGGAAUUAUGUAAAGAUUGGUUAUCAAUUUUAAUGAUUGUUACUUCUGCACGAUCUUCAAUUAACAUAAGACAUUUGGAGAAAGCAACAGUGUCUACUGGAAAAGAAGGCUUGUUAUCUGAAGGGAAUGGUCUACUUGAAAAGAAGGCUUUGAAUAUUGAUUGGUUGAUGCAGUUAACUAGAAUUGGUCGAGAUGCAGUUUUAUAUGUUGAGUCGCUCAUUGAGUCAAUCAUGGGAGGAUUUGAAGAGCUAAUCAACAUUCUUGAUUCUGAAGGAGGUUUUGGCUCUUUGGAGACACAUAGAUCGUGGGAGCCAAGUGAUAAAGCUGAUCUUCACUUUGUCUACAAAGAUGUUGAAGGAGUAUCAACUCAAUGGGACGAUAUUCAAAGAAAGCUCAGGAACUUACCUCCUAAACCCUCUGCCUUCAAACCCGAUCCCUUCACUCCUGCGGAAGAUGAAGAUUCCAAACCUAAAACCAAAUCUCGGAUCGAUAAAAAGACAGAAGAACUCAAAGAUUUAGAAGAUGAUCUUGAUGAUAGUUGUUUCCUCAAAGAAUACAAGUACCUUCAACUCCCUUAA